AUGUCUGGCAAUACCAACCCCGGCAACUUCGCCAACCGUCCCAAGGAGGAGGUCCAGGAGAUCGCAAGCAAAGGUGGUCAAUCCAGCGCCGGCGGCUUUGCCUCGAUGGACCCUGACAAGCAGCGUGACAUUGCUUCCAAAGGAGGCCAAGCAUCCAGCGGCUCCUUCGAACCGGGCAGUGAAAAGGCCAAAGAAGCUGGAAGAAAAGGCGGCUCUGCUACCGGAGGAUCGAGCUCUUGA